AUGUCAACACAGAACGAGUCUCGGGGGCGCUUCAAGGAUGCGAUCUUUGCAACCCGACAUGCUGCUGCGCACCAGGGUGGUGCUCUUCUUCCUGAGAAGGACAGGGUUCUGGCUUUCACUUUUGGAUGGGACGAGACCCGGCAGCCUCAUACUGUGGCCACUGCUGCAAGUUCCGAGACUCAGCCGGUAGGGCCGCCAGCUGCAGACGAUGACAUUGCAAUCAUGGAUGCACAGCCGGAUCCCAAGCCUGGACGUGGGGGCUGUAACGCCAAGGGCUCUGCUGAAUAUGCAAACUCUCUGGUUUGUUCUGCGUGUGUGGCUUGGGACCCCCCUUGUGGUGAACGUCGAGCUAAUGAGCUGGUCUUUCCACCUCGACAAAUCAAUUCUUGCGAUGCCGGCCAGAUUUUUCGGGGACUCAUCAGCAACUUCGAAGACUUUGCUUUCGACUCCAGCUUCGAUGGUUUUGUCCAGGAAGUAGCGAAGGCGUACAAGUACAUAUUUAUUUCGGCUGUUGGAGAUUCGGCAUCGGCCAAUUGCAAAGGCAUAGCUCAGUUCCUGGCGUAUAUCCAGCAGUUGUCAGCCAGGCACAACAUCGUGUGCACCGGAAUUUUCACACCAUGCUUCGCACACCAAUUCUCGAGAGUGUUGCUUCUUCAUUUGGAGCAGAGUAGCGUGAGUGCUGCCUUGUAUUCGAUAUCAAGAUUGCAUCAAAAUUCUGCGACCCGCAAGAGUGCGUCCGGGGCCAUGAGGCAGUUGCUGCAGCAGCGCUUUCAGUAUCAUGAGAACACCUUCCCUCCAGAAGGCCCCACAACGUCCCCGGCAUUCCGUCAACACUUGACACGGCUGCUCACGGGAAUUUGGGAUCCCGACGAAGUGGAUGAUGCAUGGGAAAUCCUCGACUCGCUGAUCUUCAACUGCGGCAACCAUAUCUUUACCCCUUCCAGGUGGACCAAGGUAGCCCCCACUCUGCAGCAGUGGGCCAGGGGACUCACGAUUCACAAAGCGAUCCAGUGCAGCUAUGUGGGUUCUGAUGCGUUGCAGCAGGACCAAGCGCCUGAGGCGCAGCCUGCUGCUGCCGAUUUGGACGGCUUCCGGGCAAGCAUGACGUUGCGCAAAUCGAGGGCAAAGAAAUUUUUGGAGGAUCCAACUUCAUUGUUCUCAUUGCUGUGCACUUUGUGUAUGAACUUCCUAUUGGAUGUGCCUAUGAGAGUUUGCUUCAAACUGUUCGACGCAGACAAAGAGGGUCUUGAUAUUCCGAACCGGCAAAAGGAGGAGCGCCCGAGAAAGUGCAGGCGUUUGCGAUGCAAGGGUGCACAAGCAUUUCAGAUUCCACAGAUCGACGAGACAAAGCAGUAUACUUUACUGGACAUCAACUCAAGCAGCUUGAGGGUUGUGGAUUAUGUCUGGAAGGCUUUGGAAGCGCCACUGGAGCUUACUGUUUUGCAGGUGCCGGCCGUGUUUUGGCCGCAGACACGAGGUACCGAUGACAUGUUCCAGUACAUGACACGCCAGUUGUUGAAAGCUCUGGCUGCACUGAAGUGGCGUGUAGGCUACAAGUUCCAGAAUGCUCCGUACCGUUUGCUGGAUAUGGUGCGAGAGGACUGUAGCAAGGAAACCCAAAGUAUUUUGACCGAAAAGUUCCUGGACAUGCCCGAUUGUUGUCUCAGUCCGUUCUGGGGCCGUCCUGUUAAGGACGAUGUGUUGUCGUCGUUGGAGAGAGCAGGCGAUGAGGCUGUUGAUCCAGCAGUCCUUUUGAAAAAUCAUGUUGAGAACUUCAAGAAGCAAACCCGGGGUGUUACCAUCCGAGAAGAACAUCAGCACGCAAUGCAGCGAACCUUCGCGGGGGGCUGGAGGGCGAAAGCACGUUCGUUCUGGCAGCAAGCAGCACAGGCCGUCCUUGCGAACUCUUCCAAGAACUGCUUUGCACGACGACAGGGUUUGGUCCGGAAGGCCAAGCUGAAGGAGUGGGCGUCAUUGAAAAGGGCAGUGCAAAAGCGAAGGAUCAUCCACAGCAGACCUCGACAAUGCGGCAAUGCCAUGUUUUUCUAUGCAUCCACGAAGAUGUCCCAGGGUGGCCCCAAGACAAAGGACGAACUGUUCGCAGAAUGGAAAAGCUUGCCUGCAGCAGAGAAGCAAAAUUGGAAGAACCGGCAGCAGCUUUCUGUUAUCCGCAAAAGGCAGGCAAAGAGGGCUGCAAAAGACCGUGAGGAAGAAGAGCUAGAAAAGUGCAAAGAUGACACCCCGUGGGGCUUGGGGUGCAGUGAGCAUGCUUUGAGGCCGGAGUUGCUGGGUGACUUUUUGGAGCCGUAUCGAAAGAAAGAAACCGGAGUGAAUUUGUUGCGAGAGAUUGACCAUCCGGCAGCUGUUGCUUAUGUUGCAAAGAUGGACAGCGGUGAAGUGAAGUACCACAGCAGAGAUGCUGCGGUUGCUGGGGCUAAGAGCAAGCUCGGCACGAAUGUGGAACCCCACAGCGCUGUCGGCUGGGACACGUGGAACCAUGCUGAGGCAUGCCCUGCUCCGAAGCCGGCAUGCUUCGACACCCAUCCUGGCCUUUGUGCGGCUAAGGCAGCAGACAAGCGCUUGAUCUCCUUGGUGCCAGGUCUCGUGUCGCAGUUGCCCAGGCAAGAUGCCAUCUUGAUGUUGGAGCAGCAGGGCGUGAGAGCUGCAGAGCGACAAGUCUUCUUCGUCCGACUUGUGGUAGGCCAGGUGGUAGCUAGCGUGCACACGGUGGUGGCAAUUGAGGUUUCGGUUUCAAUGGGUUCCAGCACGUCUCACGCUGGCAGGCUAGUUUUAAAUUCAAGACAUUGA